UCAUCCAACUCUCUUUCUUAUAUGCUGAGGCCUGCUUCUGGGCUGGCCUAGAUUCCCAUGGUUUCUCUUGGGACUACUUGAGACCCACCUCAGAAUCUGAAAAGUUGGGCGGCCGGGGGAUUUGUAUAUGCAGAGGCGUAAAGUUCAUGUUUUUGUACGGACCCUUGAUGAAGGAAAGUAUCGUUUGGAACUACUUGAGAGCAAUCUAAGGAUUUGUGCUGGGAAUGCAAUUCCUAUGGUUUUUAGGGGCUAUUGACACCGCAAUCUACUGAAAAAAAUAGGAUUUCUUGCUCAGUUUAUGUAUGUAUCUCUCAAUUCUCAGGUCAUAUGAUGGCCACUGUUCUAUACCAGUGAAAUCAUCUGACAUUUGUUUCUUAGUUACGUCUGUGUUUAGGAUGGACAAGUUCGUGUACUCGAUGUAAAAUUUUUAAAACUUUUUGCUUCUCAAGGGAGCUUGCUGAGAAUUUGUCUCUUGCCCAUUUGAAUCAAAUUAGUCCUAUUUUGAAGGGAAUACAAUUGGGAAAAGAUGACAGAUGGUGGGAAAAUGUGGUGUUUUCCGUAUACAUUUUCGUGCCUUCCUAGUCCAUCUAGAGAUGAACAUCGCCGAAUUGGGAAGAAGGGUUACUCGUGGGUUGUUCAUUGUAAUGAUCCAGAUAACCCUGAAAGAACUAACCACAAGGAUAAUUAUGUCCAGACCACCAAGUAUACAGCAGUUAAUUUUAUCCCCAAGUCCUUGUUUGAGCAAUUCAGGAGGGUCGCAAAUAUAUACUUUCUUGUAGUGGCUUUUGUCUCAUUCAGUCCUCUAGCCCCAUAUACGGCUAGUAGUGUUCUGUUUCCCUUGAUAGUCGUUAUUGGUGCAACAAUGGCCAAAGAAGGUGUAGAGGACUGGAAACGCAGACGACAGGAUGUCGAAGCUAACAGCAGGAAGGUUUUAGUUUGUACGAGUAACCACGGGUUUGAAGAAACUAUGUGGAAGAAGAUACAAGUUGGUCAGCUUGUUAAGGUUAAGAAAGGUGAAUAUUUCCCAGCUGAUCUUAUUUUGCUUUCAUCGAACUAUGAAGAUGGGAUUUGCUAUGUUGAAACUGCAAAUCUUGAUGGAGAGACCAAUCUGAAGGUGAAACAUGCUCUGAGUGAAACAGCUUCUGUUCACGACUUUCAGAAAUUUAAGGCAAAGAUCCAGUGUGAGGACCCUAAUGAUGACCUUUAUUCAUUUGUUGGCACUCUCUAUUAUGAUGAUCAGCAACCACGACCACUUUCAGUGCAUCAGUUGCUUCUCAGAGGUUCUAAAUUACGGAAUACCGAUUACAUCUAUGGAGUGGUUGUUUUCACUGGUCAUGACACAAAAGUCAUGCAAAAUGCCAGGGACCCUCCUUCUAAGAGGAGUGCAAUUGAGAAAAGAAUGGACAAAAUAAUCUAUGUCCUCUUUGGUACUUUGAUUAUGAUAGCUUCUUUCGGGUCCAUCUUUUUUGGACUGUGGACUAAGAGAGACCUUGACAAUGGGGGGUUCAAGAGGUGGUAUCUAGAACCAGACAAAGCUAAUGUGUUGUAUGAUCCGAAAAGAGCUUCACUUGCUGCGUUUCUUCACUUCCUGACAGCCCUUAUGUUGUAUGGAUAUUUAAUUCCAAUUUCACUAUAUGUUUCUAUUGAAAUUGUAAAGGUUUUACAGAGCAUCUUCAUCAACCAAGAUCAGGAAAUGUAUUACAGGGAGAUGAAUAAGCCUGCGCAUGCACGAACCUCUAAUUUGAAUGAAGAACUUGGACAGGUUGAAACGAUACUCUCUGACAAAACCGGCACUUUAACAUGCAACUCUAUGGAGUUUGUUAAAUGUUCAAUAGCAGGAGUUUCUUAUGGCCGAGUUGUGACAGAAGUGGAGAGAGCCAUGGCAAGGAGAAAAGGGAAUGAGCGUCCUGAAAAGCUUAAUACUUAUAUUGAUCCACAAGUGCCAAACUCUCAUAACUUCACCACAGCCAAAUCAAUAAAAGGCUUUAAUUUUCAAGAUGAGCGCCUAAUGAAUGGUCGAUGGGCUAAAGAACCUCAUGCAGACGUGAUACAUAAAUUUUUUAAUGCGUUGGCUAUUUGCCACACUGUCAUCUCUGAUGUGAAAACACCAGGUCAGGUAUCUUAUGAGGCAGAGUCACCCGAUGAAGCUGCUUUUGUUGUCGCAGCUAAAGAGCUCGGAUUUGAGUUCUCUGGAAGAACACAAACUAGUAUUUGGUUGCAUGAAUGGGAUCAAGAAGGUUCCAAACGGAUUGACAGAUCGUACCAGCUCCUUCACCUCUUGGAGUUCAAUCCUGCAAGGAAGAGAAUGUCUGUGAUUGUUAGAACUCCUGAAAACAAAUUGUUACUCUUGUGCAAGGGUGCAGACAGCGUGAUGUUUAAAAAGCUUUCGAAAAACGGACGGUUUUUUGAGGGAAAAACUAGGGAACAUAUUGAACAGUUCGCGAAUGCAGGACUGCGAACAUUAGUUAUAGCAUACCGUGAGCUUGGUGAAGAAGAGUUCAAAUCAUGGGAAAAAGAGUUAUUAAGUGCUCAGGUAUCUUCAUAUGAUAGAGAAGCUUUAGUGGAUGCUGCUGCUGAUAAAAUUGAAUGGGACUUCAUUCUUCUUGGAGCCACAGCUGUCGAGGAUAAACUUCAAAAAGGGGUUCCUGAAUGCAUUAACAAGCUGACGGUUGCUGGGAUUAAGAUAUGGGUCUUAACUGGUGAUAAGAUGGAGACAGCAAUCAAUAUUGGGUAUGCUUGUAGUUUAUUGAGACCAGGCAUGAAGCUAAUUAUAAUUAGUCUGGAUUCUCUGCAAAUAAGUAGCUUGGAAAGUCAAGGAGAAAAGGAUGAUGAGGCUUUAAGAAGGGUAACAGCACAAGUAAAUGAUGGAAUGACUCAAACUGAAUCAAGUCCAGAGUCGGUUGGUUUGAUUAUCGAUGGAAAUGCACUCUCUUAUGCUCUCGAAGAGUGCAUGAGGAAGCCAUUUUUGGACCUCGCUUUGAAAUGUGGAUCUGUUAUAUGCUGUCGCUCUACGCCUAAACAGAAAGCUCUUGUAACAGCGUUGGUGAAAGGAACAGGUGGGAGGACACUGGCGAUUGGUGAUGGGGCAAAUGAUGUCAGCAUGCUUCAAGAAGCUGAUGUUGGGGUGGGCAUAAGUGGGGUUGAGGGGAUGCAGGCUGUCAUGGCAAGUGACUAUGCAAUAGCGCAGUUCCGUUUUCUAGAACGGCUGUUGUUGGUUCAUGGUCAUUGGUGUUACCGCAGAAUAUCAAUGAUGAUAUGCUACUUCUUUUACAAGAACCUCACAUUUGGGUUUACCCUUUUCUGGUUUGAGGCUUUCGCUUCUUUCUCUGGGCGGGCUGCUUAUAAUGAUUGGUACAUGUCACUCUAUAAUGUAUUCUUCACUUCACUCCCUGUGAUUGCUAUCGGUCAUCCUAUGGUCUACAAGGAGGGGAGCCAGAAUAUGCUCUUCAAGUGGUACCGAAUCCUCGGGUGGAUGUUGAAUGGAGUUCUUUGCGCCACGAUCAUCUUCUACCUAACAACCAGCUCCAUCUUACACCAAGCAUUUCGGCAAGAUGGUCAACCCGUGGACUACGAAGUCAUAGGAGUGAUGAUGUACUCUUGUGUGGUGUGGACAGUCAAUUGCCAAAUGGCACUCUGUAUCAACUACUUCACCUGGAUCCAACACAUCUUCAUAUGGGGAAGCAUCGCCGUCUGGUACUUGUUUUUGGUCGCUUAUGGCUCUCUGCCAACCAACAUAUCCACAACUGCCUACCGGGUUUUUGUGGAAGCUUGCGCUCCAAGUCCUUUGUAUUGGCUACUCACCCUUCUUGUUGUCAUUUCUACCCUCUUGCCAUAUUUUACAUACCGGGUUUUCCAGUCCAUCUUCCGACCCAUGCCUCAUGAUCUUGUUCAAUACUUGGAUCGCCAGGGGAGGUCCGAGAAGCUUGGGGUUGAGCACUGAGACUAUGUAAACUCUUCAACAGAGGUAUUCGUGAAGGCUAUUCGCAAGGUCAAACUGCAUAUUCUUUCCUUAUACAUUUUCAUUAUUGUUUAUAAAACAAAAUAGCUUAGUCACGUCUUGUUUUGUAGAAUUUUUUUAUAUAGAUUGUAGAGUCAUUUGUCAAGUCAAACAGUUUACUUCUUUCUUUUAUAUAGUGCAAUGAGCCAAAGGGCCGAUAAAUAUAUAACGUGUCAUUAC